AUCAUCAUUUGUCAUCCCGCUGUCUGAGUGUUGAGUUUGCACGAGGUAUUCCGUAGUCCGCUGGUGAUUUUUAAUUUUAUUUCAUAACCUAAUAUUUUCGUAACUUUGAUAAUAAUUGUGAUGUACUGUGGGCGGAUCCCUGAGGCACUAAUAGUACACACAAAUGUGUUUUAUUGAUGUGCUGUUUGCACAUCAAUAAAACACAUUAUGCACACAUUGUCUCAAGUGUUUCAACAAUCUCCUGUCACAAGUAGAAAUUUAAAUACAUUAGUCUUGCAAAUUCUUGGGCGAUGAAUAGGUACGUAAAACGCAAAAUGCACAACAUAUUCAUCUGGUUCACAUUCAGCUUGGUUUCUUCGGAGUUGACUGAUAACAUCGACUUCACAGCGCUUGGUCCUUCUCCUCGGAGAGACCUCCUCUUUCCUGAACUAGUGAAAUACGAUGGGUAUCCCUGCGAAAGCCACUACGUCACCACUGAAGACCACUAUAUCCUUGGCCUGUUUCGGAUCAACACCGCGCCUCACAAUGACUCGUGUCCCUGCGAUUAUGCCGAUAGGGAACCUAUUAUCUAUGUCCACGGUCUCUUCUUGAGCGGAGACGACUGCAUUGUCCCGGGACGAGGCAGAUCUCAUUGCUACAAUUUUGCUGAUGCUUGUUACGACGUAUGGAUAGCCAAUAGCAGAGGUAACCAUUAUAGCAGAAACCACACCACACUGAAUCCCGAUAAAGAUAAAGCAUUCUGGGAUUUCUCUUUCGAUGAAAUGGCAAGGAAGGAUAUGCCCGCAAUUAUCGACUACGUUUUGGAAAAGACUAAGAAAACUCAAGUAGUUAUCGUGAGUCACAGCCAAGGUGCGACUGUCACUUAUCUUCUCUGUGCUGCAAAGCCCGAAUAUAAUGACAAAAUUAAAUAUGGAUUCGGAUUUUCCCCAACGGGCUGGUUAGAUCACUCCAAGUUCUUCGUUAUUGGUGUUCAGGCCUUGGUAGCUGGUGCUCUUGAAGGAAAAAAUGACAUUAAUUUUGAAAUAUUACGCCACAUCGGUCCAGCGUCAGCCUUGGGCAAAUUCCUGUGUGGACUCAGCGAACUGCAGUAUCCAGUUUGCAUGGCCCUCUUAUUCACUGCUUUGGGCUACGACAGAUUUCAAAUUAAAUCUGAUACGAUAAACGUUUUACCUGGUCAUUUUCUCGCCGGUACGUCAAUGAAAGAUUUCGUUCAUUGGGGUCAAGUGAGAAAGAAUGGUUUUAAUCAUUACGACUUCGGUGCUUCGAAAAAUUUGGAAAUAUAUGGUCAAAAAACUGCUCCUCCAUAUAACUUGAGCUCUGUUACGACGAAGUGGAUAUUUUUCGCUGGCUUGAAUGACUAUGUCGCACCUGUGGCAGAUGUUCAAAAGUUGGUGUCGGCGAUGCCGAAUGCUGAGCUCUGUGUGCUUAAGGACAAGAACUGGGGCCAUUUAGAUUUCAUCUAUGCCGACAAUCUAGCCGUGUAUCUCGACCCACAAAUAUUGAGGACUUUGGAUACUUGUAACUUUACUUGUAAUUUAUAUUGAUAAUGAUGAGCAUAUUUCUUAUAAAAUUAUGUAAUGUAAUAAC